UCUCUCGCUCUAUGAAUUACUUCAUAUGUUUUUUUGUAGAAAAUGUUACUUUAUCGUAUAUGGGACAAAUGGGCUAAACUUAGUUGUUAGCUGUCUUAGUUUACGUUCAAGUCAGGACGUGAUAUUAUUAAUACACGCAUGCGCGGACAUCUACAGAAUGCAUGUGCAGCAUUGGCCAGUGAGAUGCAACGACUGUAUGUCGGCGGGUUGAGCCAUACGAUCACCCAGAAAGAUCUCAAGGAUCGAUUUGGAAAGUUUGGGGGUGUGGAGGAUGUAGAGAUCCGGACGAGGAGGGAUGAUGAGGGUAUCCCCUACAAAACAUUUGCUUAUGUCAACAUCAAUAUUUCAGACACAGAUCUGAAGAAAUGUAUGACGGUGUUGAACAAAUCCAAAUGGAAAGGAGGAACUUUGCAAAUUGAGCCAGCAAAGGAGAGCUUUCUGCACAGACUUGCUCUGGAGAGGGAGAUGGAGUUGCAGCUUCCCAAUCAGAGUGCAGCUGAGAACCAUAAACAGAAGGUGCUGGAUUCAUUCAGCAAAGCCGGCGUCAACGACUUCACCAUGAAGGCCGCUGUGCCGGGGACGGAAAUACCAGGACACAAGGACUGGGUGGUCAGUAAAUUUGGACGAGUCCUCCCCAUCAUGCAGCUCACGCAUCGGAAAGGAAACAAAUCCCGAACCCUCAAGUAUGACCCGUCCAAGUACAGCCACAACAUCCGUAAGUUGGCGCCUCCCGACGAAGACCUUCACACCCCUGUCGCCCAGCUCACCUGGGAGGUCGACGGGGGAGACGAUGACAUCAGCAAGAAGAGGCGGGGUGAGUUCCCGCCUUACGAGCCCCCAAGAACCAAGAAGAGUCGAACAGACGUGGCAACACCUGUGAGCACAAGCAGACAAGCGCAGCCUCAUCAGCUGACCAACGGAUUCAAAGCGCCACUCAACCACAGACAACCACAGAAGAACGGUCCACGUUACGAGGACAGUGAUGUGGACUCUGAUGAAGACCUAAAACAUCUGGUAGCGCUUCAGCAGCCUUCCCAUCAUGCAAUGGAGGCGGACUCGCAGGAGGAUAUCCUGGAAGUGGUGGGAUAUGAUUACUUAGACUUGCAGAAGCAGCAGCAGCAUGGAGGCAGGUCAGUCAACGAGGACGAGGAUUACGACUCUGCCGACACAGAUGAAAUCUUCGCUUCAAGGAAACCUUAUCUUCCCGCAGUAGAGAAACCUCCUCAGCCAAAUCCUGACAACAUUCCAGAAAGGGAAGCUGUAAGGAUGAAAAACGUGAAAAUGAAAAGUCCAUAUGGAGAGGAAAGGGACACUUCUGGAAAAACUCAGUGUUCACAGCAGACGCAGAAACAAACACUCAGCUGCAGAUCUGAUGAGGAUGAUGAGGACGAGAUGGACUCAGAUGAUUCCGAUGAUUCAGACUACGAGGCCAUGUUUUCCAAUGUCACCCAUCUGGAGAUCUCUAUGUCUGAUCUUCAGAAGUUAGCCGAGGAAUUUCAGGAGACCUCAGAGACUCCAACACCAAGCAUCGCCCCCGCAAAAGUCACACCUGGAAAAGGACUUCCUUCUAAGAAAGGAAUCCUACCCGAAGAUAUUCUAGCCUCGCUAAUGAAGGAGGACAACAGCAGGGAUGAACAGAAGCCAAAAAGGAAGACGCUGCUGCCUGCUUUUCAGGGGACCAGAACCCUAACCGAUACGUGUCACAUGACCAAAAGUACUAGAAUACUAGAAACUCCUGAUCUUAAACACAUGUCGGAGUCUGAAAGUGCUGAGUCGGACGAGGAGGACAAAACUUUUCGUACAAAGGAAGAAAAGGAAGAACGAAGGCCAAAGGCCAGUCAGCCGAAUCAGACAUCUUCAUCCUUUCCUGAAGAUGAUGUUUCACACCUUGAUGAGGAGGAGGAAAGUGAAGAAGAAGAGGAGGAGGAAAGUGAAGAAGAAGAAGAGGAGGAGGAAUGCAAAGUUCUCGGUCAUCUUCAGCUAAGCGCUCAGAAGGAAGAAGAGCGACAGAAGAAGGACAACACGAGGAGGUUGGCCGCAGUCCAGCAGAGACAAAAGGAACCUGAAGAGCAGAAGAAGCUCAUCCAGGGGGCGCUAGCAUCUUCAUCCUUUCCUGAAGAUGAUGUUUCACACCUUGAGGAGCCGGAGGAGGAAAGUGAAGAAGAAGAAGAGGAGGAGGAAAGUGAAGAAGAAGAAGAAGAGGAGGAAAGCGAAGUUUUCUGUCAUCUCCAGCUAAGCGCUCAGGAGGAAGAAGAGCAACAGAAGAAGGCCAACACGAGGAGCCUGGCCGCAGUCCAGCAGAGACAAAAGGAACCUGAAGAGCAGAAGAAGCUCAUCCAGGGGGCGCUAGCAUCUUCAUCCUUUCCUGAAGAUGAUGUUUCACACCUUGAGGAGUCGGAGGAGGAAAGUGAAGAAGAAGAAGAAGAGGAGCAGGAGGACCAAAGCAAAGUUUUCUGUCAUCUCCAGCUAAGCGCUGAGGAAGAAGAAGAGCGACAGAAGAAGGCCAACACGAGGAGGCUGGCCGCAGUCCAGCAGAGACAAAAGGAAGCCGAAGAGCAGAAGAAGCUCAUCCAGGGGGCGCUAGCCAAUGUGGACACUCUUCCUAAAAGAACAGGAAAACACGUCGUCUUUGACUCGGAUGGUGAUGAUGAUGAUGAUGAUGAUGAUGAGCAGACAGAGGUCAUGGCGUCUAAAAAGUCACUGCUCCAGGACAGCCAAUCAGAGGCGGUGGCCUCAGACAGUGAGGAUAAAUCAGCCGGUGACAGCGGACCAAUGAAAGCGAAGGAGCAUCCGAAACAGUCGGGCCCUCAGCUGUUCAGCAGCAGUGAAGACGAGGAGGAUGACGAUGAAGAGGACGAUGAGACCAGGUUUGACCUCAGGCCUCAGUUUGAAGGUCAAGCUGGACAAAAGCUAAUGGAGCUGCAGUCUCGCUUUGGGACAGACGAGCGUUUCCGAAUGGACUCUCGCUUCCUGGAAGAGGAGGAGGUCGAGAACGACGACAACAAGGAAGAACUAGAGGGGACGACCGGCCCGGUCAAUGAUGACGAGGCUCUGCAGGAGGAGAGGAAGAGAACCAUCUCCAUCUUGUACAACGUUCUGGGACAACAACCCGCCACUGGAAAAACAGCCAGUAAAGCCAAGACCUUUAGGGACGUGUCAGCGCUCCACUACGACCCCAGCAAAGAGGAGCACGCCACCUUUGAGACCAAAACAGACGUUCCCAAGAAGGAGAGCAAGUCAGCCCGUAGAAAGAAGAAGGAAGAGGCUCAGAAGCUUCCUGAAGUUUCCAAGGAGAUCUACUACGACGUGACCGGCGACCUGAAGGCCAUGUUUGGUCAAACGAAGGAUAACAAGGAGUCAGAGGAAGUGAAAACCAACUGGGACCAAGUAGAAGAAGAUGUUGAAGCAGGAGAGGAUGAAGAGCAGCCCACACCUCUGACAUCUCUAUUCAGUGAUGCCAGCGCAGGAAGGGAGGAGCCUUCUGGAUUCAGCUUCUCCUUCUUUGGCAACGACACAGAAGCAGAAAGUGAAAAGACAGCUGAGUAUAAGGUGGAGAGCAUCCGGGCUGCAAAGGUGCCAUGGCAACAAGAUCCCCGUUUACAAGAUAGCAGCUCAGAGGAGGACGAGGAGGAGGAAGAAGAUGACGAAAAAGAGGAGGAGAAAAACACAUCUGCACCUAAAAACAACCAAGUGGAAACAGCUCCCAGGAAGGACCUGUUCUUCUUCCACCUCAAUGACAUCAGAUUGUUAGAGGGCCCCAGGUGGUUCUGUCGUUCUUCUCAGCUGGAGGAGGAGCGAGAGCAGUGGGAGGAGAGGAGGAUGGCGCUCAAAGAGGAGUACCACAAGAAACACAAGGAUGCAUGCAGGAAGCUCAAAUCCUCCCAAAAGAGUUAAAGAGGUUCUUGUUGUGUUGCAGUUUGAACAUAACUUCAGAAUCAUGUAUGCACAAAUGAAUAAUGUGUGAAUAAAUUAUGUUUAUUAUA